AUGAAUAUACCGGUGAAGCGGCUGCGAAACAUCCGCCUGGUCACAUUCGAUCUCUUCGACACGCUGUACACCCCAGCCGAGUCGAUCAGUACGACAUACAUGCGUCCACUGUUGAAGCAUGGAAUUAAGGUCGACGAGCUGCUCGUCAAUUCAUCGUUCCGAGCUGCCUUCAAGCAGGUCCACAGCUCAUAUCCGAACUACGGCUACCACCAGGGAAUAACAUCCAAGCAGUGGUGGACCAUGGUUAUUGAGUCGACGUGGACGCUGUCCGGCGUUGACCUGGCCAACUACCCAGCGCUGGCCCAGGAGUGCGACAUGCUUAUCGAGCGUUUCAACACAGCUGAUGGCUACUGCAUGUUCCCUGAGGUUCCCAAGGUCCUGAAGCACCUCAAGCGCAGAGGCAUCAAGCUGGGUGUCAUCUCUAACAUGGACGAGGGGGGCGAGGCUGUGCUCAAGGCUCUAGGCAUUCGAGAGCACUUUGACUUUGUGCUGCAGAGCAUCAAGGUCGGGGUUGAGAAGCCUGACGAACGCAUCUUCACUAUGGCGCUGAAGGCAGUCAAUGUCCCGGCCUAUGACGCAUUGCAUAUUGGCGACAACGAGCAACUCGACUACGAUGCAGCACGCGAUGCUGGGAUGGAGGCCCUUGUUGUAGAGAGACGCAACCCGUCCAAAGUAGCGGGCAACCCAGACAAGUAUAUUGCCUCGCUUGAGGAUAUCCUGCAGCGGGUUUAA